UGCUCAUUCAUUAGGUUGACGUAACAAACCAAUAUAACUUAGUUGUAUGUAUCCGUUUUCAACUCUCAAAGACUGGUGGAGAAUCCAACAAUGCAGACCAUGGAUAUUGAUGACGACACGUAUCCCAACAAGCCCAGUGUUACAUUUUCAGCUAAUUUUCAGUGGUGGAAGAGACCCUCUGGAGUUGCUGCAGUGUGUCUGGGGCUGCUGUGUGUUCUCCUACUGGCUGGGAUCAUAGGCCUGUCUGUCUACUAUGGAGUUAUUGGUCAUCACUACUCAACAGAGAGAGACCAACAGGCCAGUUACAGCCUUCUGACUAAAGAAGGAGAUCAGCAACCCACCAGUUAUAAUAACUUGACUAAAGCGGUAGACCAGCUACAGACCAGUUACCAGAAAGAGAAAGACCAGCUACAGACCAGUUACAACACCCUGACUGAAGAGAGAGACCAGCUACAGAAAGAGAAAGACCAGCUACAGACCAGUUACAACACCCUGACUGAAGAGAGAGACCAGCUACAGACCAGUUACAACACCCUGACUGAAGAGAGAGACCAGCUACAGAAUAGUCUCACAACCAAAACUAAGGAGAAAGACCAGUUGCAGAAUAGUCUAAAUACCAGGACCACAGAGAGAGACCAGCUACAGAAUAGUCUCACAACCAAAACUAAGGAGAAAGACCAGUUGCAGAAUACUCUCACCACACAAACACAGGAAAUGGAUCAAUUGCAGAAUAGCCUUAACACAAAAACUAAGGAGAGAGACCAGCUACAGAAUAGUCUAAAUACCAGGACGACAGAGAGAGACCAGCUACAGAAUAGGCUAAA